UUCAGAGAUUUGUGUCUCCAUUGGGGUUCACCACUGCCUUUGGGCACAAGACACGAGCCAGGUCCAACCGGGUCGAAUCCAGACCCAUUUCAAACCUCACAUUCGGUUCCCGAAUUCAAUGAAAAAUCGAGCCACCCAUUUGCAGAAAAUGGCGAGUGACGACGUCUCCGGCUCAGAAACUGACGAAACUGAGGAGAACUCGAGCUCAGACGAGCCAGGAAACCCCAAUAAUGGCGAAACACAGGCGAUAUCGGAGUACGAGAAACAGAGGCUUUCACGAAUUGCAGAAAACAGAGCGAGAUUGGAGGCUCUGGGGCUGCCUAAAAUGGCGUCUUCUUUGAUGGGUUCGGUUCAAUUAAAGCAAAAGCAAAAGCAAAAACAAAAGGGAAAAGCAAAGGUGGUUGAGGACGAGGAUUACACACCGCCAGUGGCAGAGGAGGGUUCCAGUUCUUCUAACGGAGAUGAUGAUGACGACGAAAAGGAGUUUGUGGGUGGUAGAUCUUCUGGGGCUCGUGUUCAGAAGGUAAAGAAUAGAACUUCAAAACCUAAGAAAAAGGUUCCUGUUCAGAAGAUCUCAAGCAACUCAGAGUUUGUGGACGAUGAUGAUGCCUUAAAGCAGGCAAUUGCCCUUUCACUAAAAGAUUGUCCAGUGGCUACAGAUAGGCUGCAAAGUGGACCUUGUCAGAGCUCUGAUGCGGGUGUUUUGGAUGAUACCAAAAGUGAAAGAAAGGGAAAAGCACAAAUCCAGGAGGGUUCAGGAAGGAGGAAGAGAAAAAAACCGAUCACUAGUCGAGUGCAAAUGACUGAAGAUGAACUAGUCAUACACUUCUUUCAGUUUGAUGUGGAAUGCCGGCAUGCAGAAGCAGGGAAGGGGGGCAUAACCUUGCGAGAUCUACAAAGAAUGGCCUAUACUCAUGAUUUUACAUGGACGGACAAAGAAAUGGCCGAUAUGAUUCAUUGCUUUGAUAGUGAUGGAGAUGGAAAGCUUAGCCUGGAAGAUUUUCAGAAGAUUGUUAGUCGAUGCAACAUGUUACAAAGAUCCGAAACUGAUAAUGCAGGAAUGGGGUCGAAGUCAUGACCAGGCAAUAGUGUCUUGUGUAUCUUCCAAUUGCUAAUUAUUAAUGUUCUCUUAUUGUAAUGACUAAGGGUAAGUAUUGCUUAUACAGACCGGCUAUGUAUGUGGAUGCAUUUGGAAAAUUAAGUAACGGGCACAAAGAAAGCAUCUGUCCUAGCUUGAAAAAGACGGGAAAUGGAAGAAAACAAGGAAAUAUUUGGAUGAUUCUAAAAAAUUGAUCUCUA